UGUAGAUAUUAAAUACACUUAAUGCAGGAGUCCAGAGAUGACCAAUGUACAUUGUACCCGCAUCCGGUAGUCCUUUACUGGCUCCUCCCCUCCUGGCUGCUGUGUGUAUGGGCGGUACUCUGCUAGCUGAAGGAGGCAGGUUGCAGCUCAUACUGUGUACUGGGUAAGGUUUAUCCUUACAACUAGGGGAUUCUUACAGUGCAUCUCCGCAGACAAGUGAGGAACAGAAUAAGAAUAUUCUCUGCACACACUAAGGGAUCCCCAAUAUUAACUGUAUACCGGGGAAGAGAGAAGCGUAACCUUAUAUACAGCACCCACACCUGCUACAGAGAGCAGGACCUGCUGUGUUUGUCUGGCUGAGAAUGCUCAUUAGGGUGUUUGUAGCCUCAUCUUCAAGCUCUGUGGCGAUCAAGAAGAGGCAGCAGGAUGUGAUCCAGUUUCUAGAAGCAAACAGAAUUGAGUUUGAAGAAGUGGAUAUUACCAUGGGAGACGAGCAGAGGCAAUGGAUGUAUAAAAACAUACCCAAGAACAAGCAGCCUGAAAAUGGCAACCCUCUACCGCCACAAAUAUUUAAUGAUGAUAUAUACUGCGGGGAUUACGAUUGCUUUUUCGAUUCCAAGGAGAGUAAUACAGUCUUCUCAUUCCUGAGGCUAAAACCUAGGCCAGCGACAAAGGAGGCUGAACCUUAGAAAACAUUCCUGGCAGAAAUAAAGAAAAUAAGCACACAACAGCUGUUCUUCGGCACAAUCCAUCUCGUAACACAUUCCGUGAUCCAAACAAAUAUUAAAUAUUUUCAUUGCUAUUAAAGUACUUUCUUUGUAGGUUUAUACACUGUACCAAGAAUAGAUUUGUUUUUUUAUUAUACAGUCUGAUGUACCAGGUCUCCAUAGAGAACAAAUCACGUUCAAAGAAUGAAGUGGUUUUAGUGUAUCUUGUUCCGUUUUUUUAUUUUAUUUGAAAGGUCAGUGGAAACCAGUAUACCUUCACUUAUGCCAAAUUUAAUCUUCCAAUCUUGACUCUCUAAAGACUUUUAAUUGUAUUUCCCUGGCUGCCCAUUUAUUGUACAAAAAAAAGAAAGAAAGAAGAAAAUAUAUAUAUAUAUAUAUAUAUAUAUAUAUAUAUAUAUAUAUAUAUAUAUAUUGCAGUAAACCAUCAAAAUAAAACAUAAUAAGAAUAUAAAGAAAUAUGACUCAGUAUAAAUAAUGUUGAAUUUUUUAUUUUUUUUAAUUAGUGGAUUAGGGAGUGAAGGAACAUGUUGUUGUUAUAAUUUGUGGGGGGGUUGUUUGUUUGUUUUUUUUAAACUGAGAAAAUCUGACUACCAAAAAGAAAGACACUGUGAAAAAUAAAAUACCCCGGGAAAAGAAAUAAACAGAAUAAUAACCUUAUUUAUUUGCAUCUUUAAAAAUAAGGUUAAAAAAGAGAAUUUAAGAGGAUAUAGAUUAUUUUUUUUAUAUAUUAUUUUUGCUAGGAAAUGAUAAGACUAUAAUAAAAAAUAUACCAUACUGUAAAGCUUAUUUAUUGAGAAUAUAACCAGUGUAAUUAUUAAUACUAAAAAAAGUUUCAUGACAAAUAGUAUAGUUAAUAUUCUUUGUCUACAAACAUAUUGUGCUGUAUUAUACAGGAGGUGAUUCGUUGUCGAGAAAACAAACAGAGACACAUAAGUGCAUUAAAAAUCAAUAGCAAAAUCCACAGUAUCAUUAAAGUAAAACAAAUGGCAAAAGACCAGCAACUGAUUCCUUCAGUAAGUGAUUUUCUAUUACAUUAUGCUGGACAGGAAGAAUAUAAAGCAGAUAAAGUGAAGUAUAUUGCAUCUAAUAUAGGGUAUGAGUGAUGACGUGGCGCUGGUACACGUCACGGUUUUGGGAGCGUUAAAAAAACGCUCCCAAGCCGCAUCAUAGGGAGCUGAGACACUCAGACACUUGCUCUUCUCACUCCCAGCAUUACCAGCAAGCUGGAAGCGCUGGGACUGAAGUCAUCUGAGCUUCAGGGAACGCUCAGCACCUUGCUUGGAAGCCUUCCCCGAAUGCUCCAAGCGAGGCUGGGCUCGCUGGAUUAGCUUGCCGAACGCGGCUUAAGAGAUGUUUAUAAAUAUACAUUUUCUUUGCUUUGAGUAUAAGGCUAAACUAUAUAUUUUUCACACAUGUUAUUUAAAUGUAGUUAAUUCAUAUAUGUUUAACAUUUGGUUGUAAAUGAAAUUAUCUAGUUGCACUUGCUGUAUAAUAAAAGUAUUGUUUUAUGAUAAAUCACAAAGUAUAAUUAUAAAAACACUGUUUUACUAUAAUUAAAUAGAUCUAAAAGUCCCUGUUGUAGCUCACGGACAUUACUUGCCUCCAUUUGAAAGCACUAAAGGCCACCACUACUUCCAGAGCUUUCAGUUGCCUUCCUCACACACUUUAGUCCGUCCAGAUUUGUUAUAGGAGGAAGCCACAGGAACACACAUGUAAAGGGCAGCGUAAAGCUUUUAAGGCAGUGAUGUCUCUGGUGCUUUCAAAAGGAAGGAAGCUAUUUUCUGCGGAGAUGAAUGAGUUACUGGUGUAACAAUCUGUGUGUGAUGCACCUUUAUAGGUCACUUAACUACUAUAGGAUUUUUUUAUGUUUCAUUAGAUGACUUAAGGGAUAUGGGCCGGCUCCUAAGCUUAAAUUUCUGCCUUUUUAAAUAAAGAUACCAAGUGAAUGAAUAAAAGUGAAUAGGAGUAAAUUAAAAAGUUGUUUAAAAUUGCAUGCUCUAUCUGAAUUAUAAAAGAAAAAAAUUGGGUUUCAUAUCCCUUUUAAAGACUACAAACCAGUAUAUUAAAAUUUGUGUUUUAAAAUUAUUCUAGCAGAUGGUAUUUUAUGAUCUUAUACUUUAUAGAAUAAAAAAAACAAAACAAGCUGCAA